GAAUCAACUCGUCAGAAAAUAAGUAGAGUCGUUGUGAUCCUUCUGUGUCUCGGUUUCCCCCCCCCCAGCCUUAAGUAGCCAGGAGGGUUACAGCCACAUAGCGGCAGCUAUCCUGUACUCGGAAUUCUUGCCUGGGUAACGCGAAUGCUAGGCUAUAGCCGGCGACGCGUGACUUGAGUCGAUUCAGUCGUAGUAGUGUGUUAUCCAAGGUUGUGAGCCUGAGGUAACGCGAAUGCGAGGCUAUAGCCAGCGUCGCGUGACUUAAUAGAUUCAAUCGUAAUCGUAGUUUUGAGCCUGAGGUAACGUGGAUCAGGUAGUGAGCAGCAGGCUGCAUUCUUGAACUGAUUCGAUAAUAGCAGACUCAUUUCGUCCUGACUCAAUAGAGACAGUGAAAGAAGCAGUGAGGAGCAGGCACAAUCUUUGAGCAGACUGAAUAAGAGCGUAUUCUGAGCGGGAAUGGUAGCGAAUAGCAGAGGGUAUUCUGAGCGUUCUUAGCAUCAAGACGGGCUCCAGGAGCGGUGAGUGCAAGUGAGCACAAGAGCAGCAGCAGCACAUCGGCAGCACAUCGGCAGCACAUCAGCAGCAUAUCGGCAGCACAUCAGCAGCACAUCAGCAGCAGAAGCAGCAGCAGGUCGCUAUCGUGGUUGUGACGGUGUUCGAUGCGUACAAGGACUGGGUGCGACAGUGAGUAGCAGUCAACCUCCCUGAGCGGACUUGAAUCCAGAAAACAGGAGUUGACGGUCGCGAUCAAGCUUGGCUACAAAUAGACGGUCGCGAUCAUGGCGGUCUUUGAUGCGUACAAGGACUGGGUGCGACGCAACCGGCAAUGGCUGUCGUCGGCAGAAAGCAUGGCGAAUACGCUAACAUGGCUCCUCCCCGAUCGCUUUGCCGAAUCCGAGCUGGCACCAGAAGCUCUUUCUACUCUAAUUGGAGUCAUCUCCGUUAUAAACGACCACAUUAUAGAGACAGCUCCCACAGCAGGUCCCCCCCAAGCCACUGGACCCCGAAGACUUACCAGCCAACCCUCUGCUGCUCCUCAGCAAAAUCAGCAGCAAAAUCAACUCCUCCUUCAAAACCACAAUAACCAUCUCCAUCUCUUACAACCCAGCGGCUUUCCUCCAAACCAGGCUCCAAACCUCCACGCACCGAACCUAAACCUUCCUGGACCAUACCCUUACAAUCACGCUCUGUUGAGUCACAACGGAGCCCCGGAUUUCAUUCAAUAUCAACAGCACCAUCAUCAUCCCCACCCCCACUCGCACCCAGCCUUCAUCCCCCCCCCUGUCAUUGGACUUCCUGCCUCCUUCCCCCACUCCCCUUCCCCCAACCCCGAUUUCCCCCCGCAUGCCCCCCACAAUUUCCCCCCUCACCCUUCCCUCGAUUUCCCCUCGCCCCAUCCCUUCCCUGCCACGGGUUUCCCCCCUUCCCCCCAUCCCUACCCGCCCCCCCAUACCCUCCCCCCUGGCGGGCAAUUUCAAGGGGAAUGGGGAGGGGAAGGGGGACGGGGGACAAGAGAGGGUGACGGGGGGGAGCAGGGGGAAGAAGAACGGAAGGGGAGAAGGGAGAUUCUGCCAUGGGCGCUGGUGCUGGCGGUGGUGAAGGAGGUGGAGGUGCUGGGGGAGAUGGCGGCGGAUCAAUGGCUGGGAGAGGACAACAAGUGGACGGCCGUUGCUGGAAUCGAAGCAGUGAAGGCCGCUAUUCGCCUGCUCCUGUUGCAGCGCGACAGGUGGCGCUUGCUGAUUGGAGGAGGCAGCACGGCCAAUCCCGGACCCAGCAAACCCCCCCCUGCUCCAUCUGCUUCAUCCUCGUUACAAGCCCAACAGUUAUUCCCCAACCAGCACCCUCAUAGCAGAGGCGGUCCUAUGGGUUACGGUGGUAACCCUUAUGGUAACCAGCAGCAAGCACCGACGACGAGGGCUAUGGGUGCCUUUCAACGGUUCCAACGACAAGUAGGCGGGCAGCAGCAGCAGUUGCUGCACUCUCGCCAUUGCCACCAGCAGCUGCAGCAGCAGCAACGGUUUUAUGAUCAGCAACAGCAGCAGCACCAGCACCAGCAACAGCAGCAUAACCAGCAGCAGCAACAGUAUUGGGCACAGCAAAACGGUGCUGCUGGUGUGACUAGUGCUGCCGCCGCAGCUGAAAGAGCAGCAGAGGGUGAAGAAUUCCCAGACAGGGUAGAGAGUGGCUCGAAUGGAUCUGUAACGAAAGGUCCAGGCUGUGCCACAUCAGCUGCACACGUGGAAGACGGACCUGCCACGUUAGCUGGCUUAUCAUACUCGUUUGAGUCAACGCAACAAGCAACUGAGGAGAAGAAACCGAUGGAUUGGAUUCACUGCCUGCACAUGUCAGCGGAGCUCAUCCACAUCCUCCGCCCGCUGCUCUACGUGCUCGCCAUCCGAGCCGCUGCCAGAUCUGCUCGUUCCACAGCAGGAGGCACACGGACAACAGCUGUAAUGAAGCCGCUGCCAGGGCAGCCUGGGAGGCGGUGGUGGUGGUGGUGGGUGCGGUGGAACCCGUGGCUGCUCUCCCUCUCCCUUGAUGCUGCCUCCCUGCUGCUCCAUCGCCUGGCAUCUCGAGCAGCAAUGGCUGCUGCAGCUGCUGCUUCUGCUUCUGCUGCUGCUGGUGCUGUGGAUGGGUCUGGUGCUGCUGCUGUUAGCGGUUCUGCUGCUACAAGUUCUGCACCGGCUGCUGCUACAGCUGCUGCUACGUCUGCUGAUAUCAGCAGCACAGGGGCAGCAAAGAAGGUGUUCGAGCUGACCAAUGAGGAGCGAGCUGAUCUUGCCCGUCGGCGCAUGCUGCUUGUGAUGUACCUACUGCGCUCGCCCUGCUUCGACUCGGUCACAAGGCAUCCCCUUGAAGGCAUCCGGUCAUUCGUCCGGCCGAUUCCUCUACUCGGCUCCCUCGCAGAGCGAGGGUUUGACAUGCUGCUUGGGAUCCAGUCCGUCUAUUUCUACACCGCAGCAUCCUAGAGAUGCCCCAAUCAAUGUCACACUUGUAGUGGCAAAUUGGCAAUACCCUACAAGCUGCAUGCUCCUAGGAAUGCUUCCUAUUGUGUUGUAGAUCUGCUUCCCAUACUGGCUCCUUGCCACUGCGCUCCAACUACUAAUAGAUACUGCGCACUGUGUUAUCCCUUGGACCAUCAACAG